CCAACCUCUCAUCAUGAACCGCUUGCCAGUCGAAAUAAAGCAAAUGAUUGCUGACGUGAUCGGCGAUGUGUCGCGGGAUUCCCUGCGGGAUUUAUCGCAGGUGAACCAUGAGUGGCACGAGAUUGCCGGACCUGGCGUCUAUGGAACCCUCCUUAUCCACCUAGAGGCCAAGAAGCCAGCUCAUCUUGACCGCGUGAUUCGGCUUCUGGACGCUACCCUCAUUCUACCGCUUGUGAAACACGUGAUACUGUUGAAUAGAGAUACGAGGCGUUCCAUAGCAGCAGCGAAGGACGAGAGGCUCUGUCGGUAUCUACGCCAAAGUCCCCCGGAGGAUAUCAUCGUCCCCGGGUUGGGUGUAUACAUGGGGGAUUGGAACCCCAUCAUCCGCCUCGUGCAGCGGCUGACUUCGCUGAACCGCUUCGAUUUCCUGAUUCACAUGUACUACCCGCCGGAACUGUUACAUGUUCUCGCCCAGGCGCACCCGCACUGCCGCGUAUCGGUAUCUCCCCGCUGCAGCUUCUACCCAGCGGAGGACUUCUCGCGGAAGAGAUGGGCUCAAUCUCCGGUGCUACAUGCGGUUCGGGUUAUCUACUACGAAGAUCGAGUCUAUGAGACCGUUCACACGGAGCAUCCCGAUCGCUCUCUGCGAGAUCUCCUACGCCAAGCGCCUCAUAUCAAGCAGGUGUCCUUGCAGAUCAGCCCGAAGACGCCAGGCAGCACACGGCAGAACUACACCAAAUGGCUCGAGUCCCGGCCGCCGGAGAGCGGAAUUGAUACCAGCCCUACGCGUGCGAGGCUGGAAAUUUUGUCAUUACCCUUAAGCACCACAAUGACCGGGGACGGGUUCCAAGCGUGGUCCCGGGUGACCGACCUGGGCUACCUGACUGCAUGGACGGCGGGCGCCCUAGAAGAGGAGAGCGCGCUGGCAGCCAUCACAGACCUGCAGCCCUUCCGCGCCCUCAAGCGUCUCACCAUCUCCCUCCAGCCGCCUGCAGACUCUCUACCCUCAUGGUCCCAGACCAUUCAGGCGAUGUUCGACUCGCUUCCGCCGCUGACGUAUCUCUGCCUUCUGGGCACGUACGAUCCGAUGAUUCUCCCCACUGCCGUCCUCGACCGCCAUGGCUCGACGUUGGUCGAGUUGAAGCUGCAUCGUGAGACCCCCAAGUACCAAAGCUACGAGUCCACCCGGCUGGCGCAAAAGGGUCAGAUCGCCCCGAUGUUUCCCGCGGAUGCGAUUCGCCGGAUGGCAGUCCGCUGCCCGAGGCUAAAGACGCUGCGCAUCUGCGUGCAGCGCCACCGGGGCCACCCCACCGAAACGGAGGCCUACAAGGCCCUCGGCGAAUUCCCGGCGCUGGAGACACUGGACCUCGUUCUCAACUGCCUCCCGGUGGUGCAGGACGACGGGACACCCUUCCCGCCGCGCGCGCUGAGUGAGUACGAGCAGGGGCACAACCAGGACCACGUGCCCAGAUGGAUUCUCCGGGACUGUGCCAUCAACUGCGCGAUCGACGCCCCGCUGGCCGCGGCCAUCUUCAAGCGUAUCCACCCGCGGCCGCAGAGGGGCACUCUGCGACUGCUGCGCCUCCACCCGCUCGCAGGCCACCACGGUCAGUAUCGGGUGGCCCGUGAAAUUAGCAACUCACAGGCUCUUCUUGCGCGCGGGUAUCUCAACUUUCAGGUCAUGGGGAAGUGGCAGGUCGCUUGGGAUGGCGCCGGUUGGCUGCGGCCCCGAAACCGUGAGACAACACGCUGGGAAGGAAGGAGAUCAGCAGUGACGAGCGCGGAUCUUGAGAUCUUUGAGUCUAUUUGGCCGUUGGCCCGGGCAACCAAGGAUUGGCCGUUAGACUGGCAGAGCUGGCCUCUGCAAUAGAGACGC